AUGUCGUCCCUCAACGGCUCCUACACGGCGACUCUGAGUCCCACGCUCGCCUCGUCCGAAACCGCAUCCGCAUUCCCUCCGCACAUGCUCUCGAGCUCCAUCUCCUCGCUAUCCUCAUCAACGUCUUCGCGCCACACCUCGCAGAUCUCAAAGACUUACCGCCAGGCCUCGACCCUGUUCCUCACGCGUCGCCUGCCCGAGGCCCUAUCCACCAUCUUGCCAUUGAUCACACCAACACCGGGACAGUCGGACGGCGCCCCAACAGAGCCCGCGCCCGUCGCGAGGGCGUCUCGAUCCACGAGAAUCAAGGUCUGGAGCUUGUACCUGACGACGCUCAACGCCAUCGUCGAGCUGGAGCCGGACGAGGGAAAGGAUGCGUUUGGAAGCCAAGAGUGGCGCUCGCUGUGCACCAAGGUCAGGGACGGAGAAGUGUGGGAGGAGGUCGUCCGCAACGGAUACCACGGCGUCGAGAGCGACGUCGAUUCCGACGUCGUCAUUAACCUCGCCACGCUGCUCUUAGCUCACGCCCGGACGCAGGAAUUGAACCAAAAGAGGCUGGAGAGCUAUCUCGCUGCCUCAACCUCACCAAAUCUGGAUCUCUCGCAGAGAUUUUCCGACACGCCGUCGCCGUCCCCGCGGCUGAAUCACCGGCACAGGUCGCCGGCGAAGGGGACGAGCGGCGCUGACACGCCAAGAGACCUUAAUGCGAGGGUGAAGAUCCUCGAGCUGUACACGCUGCAUGUUUUGUUGCGUAAUAAUGAGUGGGAUUAUGCCCGAGAAUUCAUUAGCGUCAGCUCCGUAUUAGACGACGAACGCCGCGAGGCGUUCCUGCAAGCACUGCAAAGCUUGCAGGAAGAACAGCAAGAAGCAGAAAGGCGCGAAGCCGAAGACAGACGCCAACAGGAAGAGCAAAUAAGGCGCGAUAUUGAGGAGGCCAAGAAACUGAGAGCUGAAAAUGAAGAGAGGGAACGCAGGCGAUUAGAAGAGGAACGAGCCAGGCGAGAGGGCACCGAGGUGGACUAUGGCAUCGAAAGGACACCGAGCAGGGCGGGCUCUAGCAAAGCAGGGUCGAGCAAGGGGCGACAUGCCAGAGUCGUCUCAAACGCUUCAGGGUCAAAUUCAAACCCAAAGAUGCCUGUAUCACGGGCAAAGGGCAAGUCACCAGCCAACCCUACGUUCGGAAGCAGGGCAUCUAUGGUCGUGUCUCGGCUGAAAGAGCUCAUCGACCAGCUGGGGGCGUCGUUCAAGACGAACCCGAUGCUGCUGAUGCGGCUUGUGGCUUUUAUUUUGGGUUUGGUCGUCAUGUUUGGACAGAAGAAUGUCCGAGAGCGGAUACAGCGCGUGCUUGGUAAUGGUUGGAACAAGGUAAAGGCGACAGCGGGAAUGGGAGUCAAGGUUAGCUACAUAUGA